GUCCCAUCAUCUCGCAAUUAUAUUCACCGCUGGCCAUAGCCUCCAGAACCGAGUUCAGCUCACUAAACCAGACCGAGUCACCUCUGAUGGGUAUAUGCAACUCUUGCGAGUCAACGUCGGUGUCCACGGCGAAGUUGAUUCUUGAAGACGGCAGGCUACAAGAGUUUCCUUACCCCGUCAAAGCCUCCUACCUCCUUCAGAAGGACCCCACGGUUUUCAUCUGCAACUCCGACGAAAUGGACUUCGGCGACGUCGUUUCUGCCAUCAGCGCCGACGAGGAGCUCCAGCCCGGCCAGCUGUACUUCGCCCUCCCGCUCUCCCGCCUCAAGCGCCGCCUCCAGGCGGAGGAAAUGGCCGCAUUGGCUGUCAAGGCCAGCUCGGCGUUUACCAAGAGCUUGGGCGGCGAAAAGAAAUGCGGCUGUCGCGGGAAAGGAAUCGCAUUUCCCGUCGGAAAGUAUUCCAAGGUGGCGGCGACGGAUAAGUCUGUCGCCGGAGGGAUAAGUAACGGUAACGGAGGUGGGAAGAGGAGAAUGGGGAAAUUCACGGCGAAUUUGAGGGCAAUUCCGGAAUAGAAUAUCUGUUCCAAUUUGUGUGUACAUAUUUUAGAUUAAGAAGUUAAGAAGAAAUGAAUUUAAUUAGGGUAAUAGUGUUAUUUGUUGUACGAACCAUCACAGUGUGCGGUAUUGCGCCGUUCACGUCACCUUUUUUUCCUCUCUGGGGAUUUAUUGCUGUCAGCCACUGUAGGGGUUUGUAUGUCAUUCAAUUUUGCGUCAACAAUUCUUGUUGAUUUGCUCAUUAUUCUAUUUUAUCCACAUUUUUCUUUUUACC